AGUCAGAAGUGGAUCUCCCCCUACAGCCCCGCAGCACGGACUCAUUUCUCCACACACCAGCUCUGAGCGGAUGCUCAGCAGGGGUGUUUUGAGAUAUUAGCGCGCUGAGUUGGGGGGAGCGGGGUUAUCGCCCACCUCCACCAUUCCCCCCACCCCACCGUUCUAAAGAGUGUGCAGUCAGGAGAAUGGGCAAAUCGGAAAGCCAAAUGGACAUCAUGGAGAAAUCAAGCAAACCUGGCAAACAUCGUUGGACGGUGGCAGAGAUCGGUCUGUCUGUGCUCCUGCUGCUGCUCAGCUGUGCCUUGGCCGGACUCGUGGUCCUCUACACGUCUGUCCUGAAAGAACAAUCUCACAGGUCGAGCCUGACGCGGAGCUCGGCAGGCGUCGGAGGUCAGCUGUUUCGCUCCAAUCUGGACAAUGUGUGCACGACUGCAGACUGUGUUACAGCAGCGUCCCGCCUCCUGCAGAACAUGGAUCCAUCCGUGAAGCCUUGUGAUAACUUCUACCAGUACGCCUGUGGGGGCUGGCUGGAGCGCCACAUCAUCCCGGAGACCAGCUCGCGCCACAGCGUCUUUGACAUUCUGAGGGACAAGCUGGAGAUUGUGCUCAAAGGUGUUCUCGAGACUGAGAAUGAAGAAGACAGAGAAGCCAUCAAGAAGGCCAAAAUCCUCUACAGCUCCUGCAUGAACGAGAGCCUCAUAGAGCAGCGAGACUCCCAGCCCCUCCUGAAGCUCAUAGACGGUAACUGGCCAGUGGCAUCUGAUGAUUGGAACACCACCACUGAAGAAGCAUGGAGCCUUGAGGACACUCUGGCUACACUGACAGCUCAUUAUCACAAGAAGGUCCUGCUGGACAUGUACGUGUGGACCGACGACCGGGACUCUCGGCGCCAUAUUGUUUACAUUGACCAGCCAGGACUUGGGAUGCCAUCGAGAGAUUAUUACUUUAAUGAUGGGAACUACAAAAAGGUUCGAGAGGCCUACCUGAACUUCAUGGUCUCCAUCGCUAAAAUAACCCGUGAGGACAAAAACUUGACGCAGGAGGACGACCGUGUGUGGGAGGAAAUGAUGCAUGUGUUGGACCUGGAGAUAGACAUCGCCAACGCCACAUCCCCGGCUGAGGAGAGACAGGACGUCACGGUUCUUUACAACAAAAUGACGCUUAGUGAGCUGCAUGCCACAUUCAGCUUCAACGGUUUUAAUUGGACCCGGUUUGUUCACGGGGUUCUAUCCAGCGUAUCCCUUAAUGUGGAGCUGGAAGAGGAAGUAGUGGUGUAUGGCUCGCCCUACCUUGACAAGAUGAAUGAAGUCCUCUCCAGACACAGUGUCAGAACUUUGCAGAACUACCUCACCUGGCAGCUCGUCAGCGACAGAGUGAACAGCUUGAGUCGCCGCUUCAAAGAUGCAAGGGCUCGUUACAGAAAGGUCCUGUACGGGACCACAGUGGAGGACGCUGGGUGGCGGGAAUGUGUCCGUUACGUCCAGAGCAGCAUGGAGAAUGCAGUUGGAGCUCUUUAUGUGCGGGAGACCUUUGCCGGAGAAAGCAAACGGAUGGUCAGUGACCUCAUCAGGAAGAUCCAGACAGCAUAUGUAGAAACCCUGGAGGAGCUAAGCUGGAUGGACGUGACCUCCAAGGAGAAAGCUAGAGAAAAGGCCAUGUCCAUCAAGGAGCAUAUUGGCUAUCCAGAUCACAUUCUACAAAACAGUAACCACAAGCUGGACCAAGAGUAUGCUCAUUUAAAUUUCAGCGAGGAACACUACUUUGAGAACGUCCUAGAGAAUCUUAAGUCCGAAGCCCACAAGAGUCUGAAGAAGCUGAGAGAGCCAGUGGAUCCCAACUUGUGGAUCAUUGGCGCUGCUGUGGUGAAUGCUUUUUACUCUCCCAAUAGAAACCAGAUUGUGUUUCCAGCAGGUAUUCUGCAGCCACCUUUCUUCAGUAAACAUCAGCAGCAGGCUCUGAAUUUUGGUGGAAUCGGAAUGGUCAUCGGCCACGAGAUCACACAUGGAUUUGAUGACAAUGGGCGCAAUUUCGACAAGGACGGGAACAUGCUGAACUGGUGGAGCAAUUACUCUGCAGAGCACUUUAAGGAGCAGUCACAGUGCAUGGUGCAGCAGUACGGAAAAUUCAACUGGAAGCUAGCCGGUGGGCAAAAUGUGAGUGGAGUCAGCACGUUAGGCGAGAACAUUGCUGACAACGGAGGGGUUCGUCAAGCCUUUAAGGCUUAUCUUAAGUGGGUGGAGAAAGAGGGGGAGGAGCCUCGUCUGCCCGGUCUGGACAUGGACCACAAGCAGCUUUUCUUUCUUAACUUUGCGCAAGUUUGGUGUGGUGCUUAUCGACCCGAAUACGCCAGCCAAUCCAUUAAGACUGACUCCCACAGCCCUUUAGAAUACAGGGUUCUCGGUUCGCUUCAAAAUUUUGAGGCUUUCUCCGAAGCGUUCCAGUGCAAAAAAGGCAGUCCCAUGAACCCUGAGCAGAAGUGCCGUGUCUGGUAGAACAUUUGAGGCUUUCUUUUGUCGUGUUUCUUGUGACGGCACGCUGAAAGGACACUCGUUAGGAAGACGGCCCCAGCAUGGGACUUGUUUAUUUUGAGUGACAGCGAUUGGCUGUUGUAUUUAGCCACAGGUGAGAUCCUGAAUAUUGCUGAAAAUUUGAAUUUCCCCUCGGAGAUUAAUAAAGUAUGUCCGAUUCUGA